CCGGCGGCCGGCCGGGCCCCGCAGCCCGGCGCCACUGCGCGCCCGCUCCGCCCUAGCAGGGAGCUGCCUACUCGGAGGCGGGCCAGGCCUUCGCGAAGUUCCCCCUUCUCCCCCCCCCCGCCCCGUCACCCCCCAGAGAAUGGUUUAUACUAUCAACUUGGAAUCUCGUUAUUUACUAAUACAAGGAGUUCCUGCAUUAGGUGUUAUGAAGGAAUUAGUUGAACAAUUUGCGUUAUAUGGUGCCAUUGAAGAGUAUCAUGCUCUAGAUGAAUAUCCAGCAGAGCAAUUUACUGAAGUUUAUCUUAUAAAAUUCCAAAAACUACAAUGUGCAUGGGUGGCCAAGAAAAAAAUGGACGAACGAAGUUUCUUUGGUAGUUUGCUGCAUGUGUGCUAUGCUCCAGAAUUUGAAACAGUCCAAGAAACCAGGGAGAAGUUGCAGGAUAGAAGAAAGUAUAUAGCAAAAGCAACAAAUCAAAGAGAUUGCUUUGUGUUAAAGAAAGUAGAGGGGCCUGAGAAGACUGUCUCAAAGAAUUCCGACUGUCCGUGGAGUAUACCACGGUCCUGUGUGACUGGUAACUGGGAUCCAUCCUGCUUUACAAGUUCUCACAGGGUAUCCCAAAACACAGGUUGUCCAUCUGGGAAUCAUAAUCGGAGCCUGUUGACAUUUCCACAGUAUGGUAACAAUUGUGCUGAAACUUCUGGGUACUUUGGUCAAAGCACAUCCCUAACUCUAAACGUACAGCCAGGACGAUGUCCUCCACCAGCUCCUUUAACGCAGCAAAGAACAGUUCCCGUUGAUAAUGGAGUUGAUAGGUUUAUGCCUCGUACAACUCACCUGCAAGAACGUAAGAGGAAGAGAGAAGAAGGAAACAAGUUUUCCCUCAUUGGAACAAGUGUGGACAAUACUGAAGUCAUUAUUGGUCCACAGCUACCAGAACUACCUAAAGUGGAUAUGGAUGAUGAUUCAUUGAAUACUUCAGCUACAUUAAUUAGAAAUAAACUGAAAGAGGUAGCAGAUUCUGUUUCAAGAACGUCUGUGGAAAAGCUGGAGACUAGCUCUGCCAAACCACCUGUAAAGCAGAGAAGAAGAAUAUAGAUACUGCUGGCAUCUUUUUAAAGGAUAUAGUUUAAAAUAUUUAUUUUUUUAUGUCAAAAAUAAAACUGUUUUAUACUGUAUUUCCAAACAAUUCUCUGUUAAAAAUUGUAUCAAUUUAUACUG